AUGGUUUUGGCCCUUGCACCAAAAGAUUUAGCAUAUAUUACAUUAUCAUUUUUGCCAUUCAAGAAAUCAACAAAAAUAUCUAUUCAUUUCAAAAGAUUGAGUCAAUUCGUCAUAAUUGUUCACCAAUUGUAUUGCUUGAUAAACUUUCAUGUCUUCCAAAAAAUAUUUCAUUUGAUCAAAAAGAUUAGCAUAAAAUAUGUUUAUGGAUCAUUAAUGAAGCAAGUUAUUCCGUCAUCAAAUCCGCCAGAAAAUCCACUAUUUGAUCCGAUAUAA